AGCUCAUUGGGGUAGGCGUGUUUUGUACGGAGCGGCUGCGGCGCGGUAAAAUGACACAUCAAGAUCGUGACGUUACUCAAACGCGCCGUACAGAAAGCUCUUUAAGCGUGACAGGUUUGGCUACGGUUUACCAAUAUGUCACGCCGAUAUGAUUCACGGACAACAAUCUUCUCACCUGAGGGCCGUCUGUAUCAGGUGGAGUAUGCCAUGGAAGCCAUCGGCCACGCUGGGACCUGUUUGGGAAUUUUAGCCAAUGAUGGUGUGCUGCUGGCUGCUGAACGGAGGAACAUCCACAAGCUGCUUGAUGAAGUAUUUUUCUCUGAGAAAAUCUACAAGCUUAAUGAAGAUAUGGCGUGUAGUGUAGCAGGAAUCACAUCAGAUGCAAAUGUACUGACCAAUGAGCUGAGACUCAUAGCACAGAGGUACCUGCUGCAGUACCAGGAGCCAAUCCCCUGUGAGCAGCUGGUCACAGCUCUGUGUGACAUCAAACAGGCCUACACUCAAUUUGGAGGAAAGCGUCCAUUUGGAGUCUCUCUGCUCUACAUGGGCUGGGAUAAGCACUACGGCUUCCAGCUCUACCAGAGUGAUCCCUCUGGAAACUACGGAGGCUGGAAGGCUACCUGCAUUGGGAACAACAGCGCUGCUGCCGUCUCCAUGCUGAAGCAGGACUACAAGGAGGGAGAGAUGACGCUGUCCACAGCCCUUGCUCUGGCCAUCAAAGUUCUCAAUAAAACCAUGGACGUCAGCAAGCUGUCUGCAGAGAAAGUGGAGAUCGCCACUCUGACCCGAGAGAACGGCAAGACCUGCAUCAAAGUGCUGAAGCUGAAGGAGGUCGAGGAGCUGAUCAAGAAGCACGAAGCCGAAGAGGCCAAAGCCGAGAAAGACAAGAAGGAGAAGGAGCAGAAAGAGAAGGACAAGUAGACACGCUGUCCUGCACUUGUUUCAGUUUGUAUGUGAGAAUGAAUGAAUGAGUUUGUGAAUGACAUGAUGAAAAUGGACUUUUCAGGUGCUUGUUUCUAAAAAUAAAUCGAGGUGAUCUACCA